CACUUCUCAUUUUUCCUGUUACGAACACUUUUUGUCUGAGAGAGGGAAGAUCGGAUCAGGUCGGAGCGAAAAUGCCGUACUACUCCCGACACGACGAGGACGACAUCGAGUUCGACGAGUACGACCCCACCCCCUUCGGCGGCGGCUAUGACAUCACUCUCACCUAUGGCCGCCCCAUCCCUCCUUCCGAUGAGACCUGCUACCCUUCCUCCUCCGUCGACCUCGACAACGAGGACUAUGACCGCCCCCACUUCGCCUCCUCCGACGAGCCCUCUGCCUACAACGAGGACGUCCUCAGCUCCGAAUACAGCAGCUACUCCCGCCCCAAGCCCCGGCCUGGCCGCCCUGGUCCAGGUUUCGGCGGCCCCCCACCCCCUGGGAUGAGCCGGCCCGGGUAUGGCGGUCCCCAGGAGUUCGGAUCCGGUGGUCCCGGUUCUGAUUUCGGAUCUGGGUAUGGCCGGAGGCCUGAUUCGGGAGAAUCUGAGCAGGGAUCCGGUUAUGGCCGCAGGCCUGAUUAUGAGAAACCCGCGUCCGACUAUGGAACCGGGUACGGCAGCCGGCCGGACUCAGAAUACGGGUCCGGUUACGGCGGCAGGACCGAGUAUGAGAAGCCCAGCUCGGAGUACGGAUCGGGCUAUGGCGGCAGGACUGAGUACGAGAAGCCAAGCUCGGAAUAUGGAGCCGGCUAUGGUGGUCCGACUGAAUACCAGAGACCUGGAUCGGAAUAUGGCGGUAGGACUGAGUAUGAGAAGCCAAGCUCGGAGUAUGGAUCUGGCUAUGGAGGCAGGAAUGAGUUGGAGAGGCCCUCCGAGUACGGGUCAGGUUAUGGUGGAAAACCUGGAUCCGAGUUCGGGUCCGGGUACGAGCGGAAGCCGAGCUAUGGCGAGGAUCAGGCAAGUGGUGAGUAUGGCAGUGGCAGUGGCAGGCCACAGAGGACUGAGUUUGAGAGACCAAGCUAUGAGGACGAGCCACCCAGGAGGCCGAGCUAUGGAGGAGGAGAGAGCUAUGAGAGACCAAGCUAUGAGGACGAGCCACCCAGGAGGCCAAGCUAUGGAGGAGGAGAGAGCUAUGAGAAAACGAGCUAUGGGCGGUCUGAAGAGGAGGAGUACAAGCCUAGGUAUGAGAAGCGUGAUGAUGAUGCUGACGAGGACAAGCCCCGCCGAUAUGGCUAUGGUGAAGAGGGCUAUGGCCGCAAGAAAUAUGGAGACGACAACUCCGAUGAUGAGGAUGAGAAGAAGCGUCACCACCACAAGCACCACCACCACCGCAAGGACUAUGAUGAUGAGUGAGCGAUGUUUGAGCUUCGCCCAUAUGAAUGGAACCCAUGUCACAUCUACCUCUACCCUAGUACUAUUACAGCUGAAUAAAUGGGUUCCUCUUGGCAUAUCUGUCCCUAUGUGAGUGUGUGUGUUUGUUUGCUCUGUUGAUCGUAUCUGAAUCCGCAGCGAUGUCUUGUAGUGUCUGCAGUUCUUCUGUUGGACUCUUGCAAAUCGCGUAAUAAAAUUUCUCGAACAUUUGGUUUGUGUUGAUCA